AUGCUCUCAUGCUAUAUUUAUUUCCAAAUGCUGAGGGUUCUCAUAAGCAUGGAUCAAAAUGUAACAUUUCAUAGUGAGCAUUUUCCCUGAGUUGCGGGGCUGCUGGCGAGAAGCAGAACUGAUUGGCAGCUGCAUGUGUUGCGCCUGGAUCGGGCUUGGACCUGUCUUCUUAAGCUGUCCCUUGGAAGAGUAAGUAUUUUGUGAUCCUAAUAAUUUUCUGUGGAUUUCAAGAAGUAAACUACAUUUCUGCCAAGGCACACUGGAAGGUAACAAUUGUGACUAAUUUUAAUAGGAUUAAUAAAUCAUAAUAAAAUGCUUAGCUUGGAUAGGGUGCCGUGGUCAGGGUUUGCUUACAGGAAGCUGAGCCCUCGCUGGCAGCUGAAGCAAGAAGUGCCUGGCUGCUAAGAGUACAUACGUCUACUCUCUCUCAAUCACUUCCAAGUAUUUUAAUACCACCUAAUGACAGGAAGAGGAUGAGACAGAAUCCUUGGCAUCCCAGCUCAGCUACAUGAGAGGACCUCAUGACGAGUCAUUUCGGAACCGGGCUGGGCGCCUGCUACGAGCACGAGACGCGCCUCGUCGAGGACCUCUUCAGGGACUACAACAAGGUGGUGCGCCCCGUGGAAGACCAUCGCGACGCCGUCGUCGUCACCGUCGGCCUGCAGCUCAUCCAGCUGAUCAAUGUGGACGAAGUAAAUCAGAUUGUAACAACGAAUGUACGUCUCAAACAGCAAUGGACAGAUGUCAACCUAAAAUGGAAUCCAGAAGACUACGGUGGUGUCAAAAAAAUCCGCAUCCCAUCCGAUGACAUUUGGCGCCCAGACCUUGUUCUUUACAACAAUGCAGAUGGUGAUUUUGCUAUUGUUAAAUACACCAAAGUCCUGUUAGAGCAUACAGGCCUCAUCACCUGGACCCCACCGGCUAUUUUUAAAAGUUACUGUGAAAUUAUAGUCACACACUUCCCAUUUGACGAGCAGAACUGUAGCAUGAAGUUGGGCACUUGGACAUAUGAUGGUACAGUGGUUAUUAUUAACCCGGAGAGCGAUCGCCCAGAUCUGAGCAACUUCAUGGAGAGCGGCGAGUGGGUGAUGAAGGAUUACCGGGGCUGGAAGCACUGGGUUUACUACGCUUGCUGCCCUGACACCCCCUACCUGGAUAUCACCUACCACUUCCUCAUGCAGCGCCUGCCUCUCUACUUCAUUGUGAACGUCAUCAUUCCUUGUCUGCUCUUCUCCUUCCUGACUGGGUUAGUCUUUUAUCUACCCACAGAUUCAGGUGAGAAAAUGACUCUCAGCAUCUCUGUUCUGCUGUCCCUGACCGUGUUCCUUCUGGUCAUCGUGGAACUGAUUCCCUCCACGUCGAGCGCGGUGCCUCUCAUUGGCAAAUACAUGCUGUUCACGAUGGUGUUCGUCAUCGCUUCCAUCAUCAUCACGGUCAUAGUCAUCAACACCCACCACCGCUCCCCCAGCACCCACACCAUGCCGCAGUGGGUCAGGAAGGUCUUCAUUGACACAAUCCCAAACAUCAUGUUUUUCUCUACGAUGAAGCGGCCAUCCAGGGAUAGACGAGACCAAAACACUUUCUCAGAAGAUAUCGAUAUUUCUGAAAUUUCCGGGAAACCAGAUCCUACGCCCGUCAAUUUCUACUCCCCACUUAUCAAAAACCCAGAUGUGAAAAAUGCUAUAGAGGGAAUCAAGUACAUUGCGGAAACGAUGAAAUCAGACCAAGAAUCCAAUGAUGCUGCAGAAGAGUGGAAGUUCGUUGCAAUGGUGCUUGAUCAUCUUCUCCUCGGUAUUUUUAUGCUAGUUUGCAUUAUUGGAACAUUAGCUGUCUUUGCUGGUCGCCUCAUUGAAUUAAAUCAGCAGGGAUGAACAUGAAAUUGGAACCGCUUGCUGCCCUAGCCAGCAUCUGACACGGCCAUCAAAACCUGGCCACCCUCGGGAAUUUUCACAGGCAGGAACCAGUCCUCCCGGGAAUGGGAUAAUAAAAUGAAGAGUUCCAUACUCAGCACAUCUGAGCUGCUGCUUGGUGAUUUCACUGCCAGAAAAUACGGCU